UGACCAGUUGGCUCAUGUCUGCCUAUUUGGAUGGAAAGAGUAAAGGCAAGAAGGCUAAAUAGCAAAUCUACUAGUAUUAAACUACCGAAACUGCGCGCCGGCAGUAUUUCUAUUUCGAACAUUUGAGCUUCUUUCCUCGUAGUACUACACUGUGAGGCCUUUUAUAAAGCGACAUAGCCGCAUCUCCAAAAUGGGACGCGGCCGCCGAAAAUGUUUUUUCGCACGACCGGCCAGCACCGCAGUGGCAAUUUUCAUCGCGACGUCGGCCUUGUCUACUUGGGCACCGACGUUCUUUUCGAUGAGUGGCCUAGGGCCUGUUGCCGCCUUGCGAGAACAUGAACAGUUCGUGGAGGAGGAGUUUAGUACGGAGGCCGCAGCCGCAGCAGAGCAUUUGCAGGACCAGCAUCGUCAUCAGUUGUCGAGUGGAAAUCACCUCCGGGCCGCGGGGGCGGUCGGCGGAUUCACAUCAUCUAGCACCAGUUCAUCGAUCUCCGAAAAUAAAGCUCAACAAGAUAUUCCUAUUCGCCACCUCCACGCACUGACCUUGACGCCCGAUGGGAGAUCUUCUACUUCGAGUUCGUUCCUCGCAACUGAAGCAGAAAAUGAGAAUGAGCAAAACGACGGAAAUUUACUGUCAGCUACUUCCGACAAUGGUGGCUCGAAGUUCGAGGAGCAGGUGGGCGAUGACCAUGAGCAUCACGAGCACGACAAGCCAAGAAGCUCUACUAGCCCAUCUUUACCAUCCUGGGUCAAGGACACUGCGAAGGACACGGUGGAGUCGGCGAUUCAAAAAAAGUAUAAUUUUUUAAUCGAGGUUCUCGUUGUCUCUUCAUCUUCUGUUUCUACAAUUGAAAUUGAAGUCAACCUCGAGGUCGAGUCACAGAUGGAGUCCACCAGAAAAGUUGGAACGAAGUUCGUUUUUUAACAGAGGGCGACAAACCACGAAAAUGAAUAAACAGCAAACUCGUCAUGUUUUCCAAGGCCUGGUGUCCGUACUGCAAGAAAGCGAAAAAGGCUUUGCAAAACGCCCUGAAAGAAGCCGGAUCGCAUACGCAGCUGACGGUCAUUGAGCUCGAGGACGAAAACCAUCAGUCCCCGCUGCUCGUCGGCACGUCGUCCACAACAAAAUUUUCCGCUUCCGACGUCCAGAGCGAGCUUCAGAGCCUCGUCGGGUCGCGAACCGUGCCCAAAGUUUUUCUGGAUGGCCGGUUUCUCGGGGGCGGUGACGAAAUAGUGGCGAUGUACACGAGCGGCGCGUUGAAACACUUUCUGCAAGACAACGGUGGAUAUCAAGUGCAAAUCCAAAUAUGUCUGGGUCUGGACAAUAAAUGCCAUGUUUGUCAUGCAUAUUUUACAUGACCCAUGGUGUGUCUGUGUUGCAUCCCCUAGCAUCACAAAUUCUGCGAGGGUUUUCUGAUGCUCAUACCGUAUGAGAAAUGCCUUCUCCGCGUAGCAAAAACUGGAGCAUUUUUGCUGUUCAUGCAAGACAGAUUUCAUGUAAGGCCCGAAGGUGGGAUGACAAGUUGCCUCCUUCCAGACCACCCAAACACAUUUGCUGCAAUCGAUAGUGGACUGCUGAAGGGAACCGCAACGGAGACGAUCGACUCCGUGAUUCGGGAAAAGUACUGCACAAUUUUCUUUUUUUUCAUGCUCUAGCUGUAGGAAGUACUUUGAGGUGAUAUUAAGUUUUCUGAAAAAACAUCUUCAUCACGUCCGCUUGUCUUGCUUCAACUGUUCUAUCUUACGACUCGAUAGCUCAACCAGAAAGGAAGACGCGCACGCGCGACGUGGUCGACAUCAUGAUUAUCCGAUGAAAGAGAAAGUAAGUACUUAACUCGUUUCAUCAUCAAGCACUGGUGAUCUACUACUAUUCCAAAACUACAGCAACCUGGUGCUGUUUUCCAUGGGUUGGUGUCCGUUUUGCCAGAGGGCGAAGGAGGUUCUCCGUGGGAGCGUGUUGCACGGGGACAUUCCGUAUGAUUUGCAAAAGUAUCGUACUCGUAUAAAUGCAUGACAAAUUCCCUCAGCAUGAGAAAUAGAGUUUGUAAAUGCGGAUUUAGCUUAAGAACAGUAAUGCAUAUUUGCAAUUACUACGAGUGCGAUACUUUUGCACGGGGACAUUCCGAAGUUGGUGGUGAUCGACAUACAGGACAAAGACUCGAAAUCCCUGGUUGAACCCCUGGACGUGAACGAUUUCAUGAACUACCUGGCAGAAAUUACCGGCAGGGGAACGAAUGUGCCGAAAGUUUUCCUCGACGGCCACUUGCUAAAGGGCGAGCAGUAUGGUACUCGGCAAAAGUUGUACGUAGUAUCGCAGGUCGUGUAUAAUGGUAAUGCAUGCAACUACAGAGAAGUCGUCUUGCAGGACCUCAAAGACGUCGAAGAUGCCCCCAGCUCGACGAAAAAUAUCAAAUAAGGCUCUUCGUCGGGGGUGAAAAUGAAUAUUCCAACAGUGCCUGCAUAGCAUGCGAUACAAGACGAGCUUUUGCGAUGCAUAUGAUCGACGAAGUCAGCGUGGACAAGUUGGACAAAACUGGAGAGCUGAAAGAUAUUUUGAGAAGCAGUGAGUGUCAAACGUGCAACGACGACAAAUAACAAAGCGAACAAACGUAUGCUGAAGAAUGGCAGGAGGACAGUGUGGUCUUCACCUUCAGUGGUGAUCAUCAUAAUAAAUAAUUCG